UUAUGUUCAUUUCAUGAUAUUAUCAUAAUUUCGUGUACAUUUGGCUUAUUCGUAUUCUAUUUAUAUUUAUUAUUUAACUAAGUACACCUCGAUUAUGAAUCGAAAUAAAUAAAUCAAAAUCAUAAUAAACAUGGAUAACACGGAAACUAAGACGCAACACGAUGUUUCUAAGAAAAAUUCCUUUGACGAACUAUCUAAAGAGGAACUGAUUACGAAGUGUAAAAACUUGCUUCUAAUUGCUCAAAAAGCAAGGCAUUCCAAGCAAGAGCUUCAAGGUGAAAUAGACCAAUAUAAAGUCAAGCAACAGGAAUAUGAAAACUCAAAGAAACAAUAUGAUGAAAAAAUUCAUACUCUUGAAGAACUUGCUAAUUCUCUUACUGAGCAGAAACUUAACUACAUAACUGACCUUGAGUCUGCCCAAAAUAAAUUGAAAAAUUUAAAUCAACAGUGUAUAAAGUAUGAGGAAGAAAUAAAAAAUCACAAAGCAGAUUUAGUGAUAAAAGAAAAAAAAUAUGCAGACUCGCUUAUAAAGUUAUCCGACCUGGACAGUGAAAAUAUAUCAUUCAAAAGACAAAAUACCAGACUUGUGGAGGAAAAUGAGCAACUUCUUAACCAGCUGUCUGAGUUAGAAAUAAGGAUAGAUGAGUUCAAUCAUAUUGGACUACAGCAACGAGAACAAUUAAAGGUGUUAGAAGAAAAACUCCAGUCAGAAUCUGCAUUUGAAGCAACAUUUAAUGAACUUAACGACAAAAUUGCUGAUCUAGAAAGUCAACUUAAAUCAUCAGAAAAUACUGAUGAAGUUAAGAAUAAAACAGUUGAAUAUGAAAAUAAGAUAAAGGAGUUAACACAACUAUAUGAGAAUGAAAAAGUCAACCAAGAAAAAUCUAGCAUUAAGUUAAAAAGUUACAGAGACAAAAUAUCUAAAUGUGCUGCUUGCAUAUCUCAACUUAAAAAUUCCAGAUUCAUAUUAUCAAAAACAGUUAAAGAAUAUUCAGAAAACAUUCCUAAAUGGCAAAACGACAUUAUCGCGGCUUCCGUCGUUUUAGAUGGCCAGUUAAAAAAGGUUAAUGAAGAAAAUAAUAGGUUAAAAGAUAAGUUAGCCGUAUUAGAGGAGCAAUUAAAACAACAGACUGGUGUAACAGACUGUGAUUCUAUAGUACCAACGUUAAAACAAGAAGUUCACGCCCUAAGAAACCAAAUUAUCCAAUUACAUAAUCAAAAAGAUGAUUUGGAACAAAAUAACAAGGAACUAACAAAACACUUACAAGCUCUUAAAGAUAAUAUCCAAGAUAGUGAUAACGUAAAACAUGAACUGGAAAAACUAGGGGAAAAAUAUGAAGCUUUAUUAAUUAGGAACACAGAAUUGGAAAAAGCAGAGACCAAGAAUGCGGAAAUCAUUGACCAGCUACAGAAAAAAAAUACAAAUAACGAAGUUAUGCAACAUUUGAAAUUACAAAUAAGAGCUUUGGAAAGCGAAAAAUCUACACUAGUCAAAGAGAAACUUAAUGCUAGGGACAUGUCUCUGGAAUUAGAAGGGAAAAAUAAUACCUUGACCAGUCAAAUUCAAAAAAUGCAAAAUGAUAUACACAAUUUGAACUUAAAAAUUAAUGAAUUACUGAAAGAGAACGAAAUUGUACACGAACGUGCAAAAUCUGAAAAAGAUGGACAAGUCAGUGUGUUAAAAUGUCAAGUGGCAGCUCUUCAAGAGCAAAAUGAUUUACUGAAAAAAGAGUAUGAGAGUAUGGUCGAUAUUAAUGGAUUAUUAAAGGAAGAAGUUGAAACUCUGAAAUUAUCUUUAGAACAGCCCAAGGAUGAGUCCGAUAAUAUGUCUGAAUUACAUGUUUCAUUGCAAGCUGAUAUUGUAAAGUUAGAAACAAAACUGUCGGCGUACAAACAGGAAAAUGCUUCACUUAUAGCCGAAGUUAAAGAGUCGCGUUCGAAACUAAAAGAGUUUGAUAGCCUAGUAGCUGAAAAUGAAGAUGCAAAAUUAAAACUUUCCAGUUAUAAAACGGAAAACGCAGAGUUACUAAACGAAAUGAAAGAAAUAAAUCAAGUACUUAAAGAACGUGGAGAGAGUAUAUCUAAAUUACAAAAAGCUAUUGGUGAAAUGGAGAGGUUAAUAGAUACAUUAGAAAAAGACAGGGACAUUUCUAAUCAAGAAAAAGAAGAACUUUGUAAAACAAUAGGAGUGUUAGAACAUGAUUUAUCUAAUGCAAAACAGAAAACAACUGAAGAGAGUGUCAUAAGCCAAAAGUUAUUAUCUGACAGAGAAACUGCAAAUAAGAGCUUGGCUGAGAAAGAAGCUGUAAUUUUGGCUUUAAGAGAAGAAAUAGAGAAACUCAAACAACAGUCUUGUUCUGCUGCGGACAUAAGUAAUGAAGAUAUGUCUACUUCAACGAUAUCUAAAGCGGAAGAAUAUUCCCGUAUGCGAGAUUUAGAUGAAACUUUUGAGGAAAAGUACACAAAGCUACGAAUUUUUGCUUUGAAAUUAAAAAAGAAGUUGAAUGAAACCAUGAUGCAGUUGCAAAGUGCAGAAAAAGAAAAAGAGAAACUUACCAAGUUACUUGAAGAGUCUCCCAAAACGAUGGCAGCCUCGAAUGACGAGGUCGACCACGGGCACACGGACCACACUCGGCAGGAACAAACAAACCAGGCUCUAAUAGCGGAACUCGAGACAAAAGUGAAAAGUCUCACUCUCUCUGUCCAGUCAAUGGAGAGUUCUGCGAGCGAAUUACAACUACUUAAAGGUGAACUUGCAAGUGUAAACCAGAGGUUAGAAGCUGAAAUAGAGGCACACAAGGCUACAAAGGAGAGCCUGGAUAAGGCUCGUCGCGAUGUUAAGAAAAAAGACGUCCUCAGCCUAGAAAUGGAAGAUUAUGAGAAAUCUAUGAAAGAGUUAACUGCAAAAAUGCAAGAAAACAAGAAAAAAAUAGUACAGAUGGAGUCUACAAUCGAUACACAAGAAGGAACCAUCGCCUCAAUGAAAGUACAAAUUAAUUUGUUAGAAGAACAAAUAAAGGCUGAAGAAACACAGAACCGGUUGAUCCGAGAAGAAUUACAAAAUGCUAUCGACGACUCAAAAGAAAAGGACGAAGUUAUUCAAGCAAAAAAUAACAUCAUUUCAAAAUUAGAGCAAGAAGUCGAGGACGAGAAGCGGAAAAAUGAAGAAUCCAGCCUUGAGACUACCUCUUUACUAAGUGAUAAAGAAAAGAUAAUCAUCAGUCUCGGCCAAGACAAGGCGGAAUUGAAUAACAAAAUGAAACGAAUCGAAUUCAAGUGUGUUGAACUAAAUGACCAAUUGAAUAUCACAAAAAUGGAGUUGGAGGACUUAAAGACUGAACAUGCUAGUUAUAAGGUUAGAGCUCAAGCCGUGCUGCGACAAAAUCAGACGGUAGAUCACAGCCAGGAGGAGCGGCUGAAGGAAGAAGCCGCUGCGUUUAGGGCUCACAUCGAAACCCUUACGUCUAAACUGGCGACCGUCCAGUCGCAGUGUUCCGCGGCAGAGGAGGAAGCGGCGGCGGCGCGGCGGCGCGCCGCGGAGUCUGCGGGCGAGCUGGCGCGGGCGCAGCAGCGGGCGACGAGGCUGCACGCCGACCUAGCGCGCCUCACCCAGCAACUCGAAACCGAGCGGACGCACCACAAGCUACAAGUAUCAACACUCACACAAUGUUACAAGACUCAAAUGGCAGACAUGGAGGCGCGGCACCACGCCGAGUGUGACGAGCUGAGGAACCAGCUGACGAUCGCGCAGGAGACCGCGCCGCUGCCGCUGCCCGACCUCGACAACCGCAACUACGUGCCCGUCAUACCCAAGGAGGACAGCGACUCGGAGAUGGACAUCAAUGUGUCCAUGAUACCGAGAGAAGAAGGAGAGGGUUCAGAGUCGGCGCCAUCGCCACCGCCUUCAAAGUACAAAGCCGAAGGGGCGAAGGGCGGCGCGCAUUCGCCGGUGCCGCUGGAGCGGCUGCUGGAGGAGGGCGUGCCCGAGGACGAGGCCUCCGACGCCGCGGCCCUCGGCCUCACGCCCGACCAGGAGAUCCUGGACCUGCGCCGCAAGCUGCUGUCGCAGCAGCAGAGAGUGAAACACGUGACCGUCCUGCUGGCGGAGUCGGAGCGCGAGUGCGCGCGCAUGGCGCAGCUGAGCGAGCUGCUGAAGGGCGAGCUGCGGCGCGUGCGCGGCGGCGCCGGCAACUCCGCGCACAACGCCGAGUACAUGAAGAACGUCACGCUUAAGUUCCUGACGCUACCUCCGGGCGACGAGCGCAGUCGGCUGGUGCCCGUCCUGCAGAAGAUCCUGUCGCUGACCAAUGAGGAGACGAGCAAAAUUCAGGCGGUUGCUAAAGGAAUGGACCCAAAUCCUAAAGGCUGGGGAAGCUAUCUGCCUUGGCCUGGGGGAAAGUAGCAUUGUAUUUUUGUAGCCGUAUGCUUCGAUGAAAUUAGAAAUGAAAAUAAAAAGGUUUAACAAACAAAUUAAAUACUUUAUAUAUAUAAAAAAUGUUACAUUGAUUGUAGGUAUCGAUGAAAUUAAUUUCAAAAGUAUGUAAUUUUGCCUAUUAAAAAUUGUUUAAUCGAGAAAUAGAUGACUUCUAAUUGAUUAU